AUGUCUAAUAAAGAUAUUGAAACAAUUACUUUAAAUAAUAGUGAAACCAAUCUUGAUAAUUCGAAUAAGUUAUCUAUUAUGAUGAAAGAUUGUAAUGAUCAAGAUUCAAUACUUAUGCCAAGCUCUAGUAAUAAUAUUUCAGAAUUAGCAAUUACUUCCUCUAUUCAACUCAAAUCAAGAAAUUCAAAUUCACAGAAUAAAAAUGCUGAAAUUGUUUUAUUUCUGCCACUACGAAGAAGAAGAAAGAUUGAUAAUCCUGCUCUGGAAAAGCUUUUUGAUGAGCAAGGUUUAAGUUGGAAUCGAAAGAAAUUUGCCAAAGAAUGUCAAGUUCAAAAUAUCUGUCUAGAUGAUGAUAAUAUAAUUAAUGCAACCAAGUUG